AUGGAGCUCUCUCUUAUAGGGCUUCAAAAUGCUGGGAAGACUUCUCUUGUGAAUGUUGUUGCUACUGGUGGAUACAGCGAAGAUAUGAUCCCUACUGUUGGAUUUAAUAUGCGGAAGGUGACAAAGGGAAAUGUCACAAUAAAAUUGUGGGAUCUUGGAGGUCAACCUAGAUUCCGGAGUAUGUGGGAGCGAUACUGCCGUUCAGUGUCCGCCAUUGUGUAUGUUGUUGAUGCUGCUGAUCCUGAAAAUUUCAGCGUCUCUAAGAGUGAACUACACGAUCUGCUCAGCAAACCAUCACUCAGCGGCAUACCAUUGCUGGUGUUGGGGAACAAGAUCGACAAACCUGAGGCUCUUUCCAAGCCUGCUUUUACCGAUCAGAUUCCGAAGCAAACCAAACAUUGUCAUAAAAGCUGUGAACACAAGACCCCAAAACGUGUAUUGGGCUUUGAGGCCCAUGAUAUAAGCUCUCGCUGUGGGCUUGAAGGAACGGGUUGGGAAAUUUCCGAAUCGGAUCGGUUCUUCCUUAUCAAAAUAUCAAUCCGCUAUUCGUCUGUCUAUCAUCCUUCAAGCAAAUGCACACUCCAUCAACUGAAAUUCAAUUCCCCGAAAAUGGAAGCCUCCACCGGGCCUCCUCCACUUCCUUCUCCCCCAACUCCACCAAACACUGAACAAAUUAAGCAAAAAUUACUCCGGCAAGGGGUUGUCCCAACCCCAAAGAUCAUCCACGCAAUCCGCAAAAAAGAACUUCAGAAAAUCAACCGCCGGGCGGCCAAACUAGCUGCAAAACAGCCCCUUCCGCCCUUGACGGAAUCACAAAAGCAGGCCCUCUCCGAAGAAACCCAUUUCCAGGCCAUAAAGUCUGAAUACAAGAGCUUCACCAAUGCGAUUAACGGUGGGAAAAAGAUGGUGGGUAAACCUUGGGAAAGGUUGGACAGGUUUAAGUUGAGAGAACUUGCUAGUGAGAGCACAGAGUAUGAUGGAGGGAAGUUGAAGAUUGAGCACUUGAGAGAGCUCAGCGAUAUUAUGGAGGGUGAAAGAGGAAAACUUCGGUGGCUUUUAGAUGAUGAUGUUGAAGUGGAGGACGGUUGGCUUCAAAGUGAAACUAGUACUUGGAAACCACCAAAGCAAUCUGAAGGUGAAGCAAUCCCCAUCUUCUUGGACAGAUUUAGUGAAAUAGAGCCAAAUGUGAAAAACUGGAAGUUUACGAGGACCAUGAAACUUUCAGGAUUGCAGUUUACUGAAAGACAAAUGCUGAAAAUUGUGGAGGGGCUUGGUGGGAGGGGGAAGUGGAGGCAUGCAUUAUCUGUUGUGGAGUGGGUUUAUAAUUCUAAAGAGCAUAAUCAAUUUAGGAGCAGGUUUGUGUAUACGAAAUUAAUAGCUAUUCUUGGCAUGGCAAGGAGGCCUGAUGAAGUUCUUCGAGUGUUCAAUUACAUGCGAAGGGAUGCACACAUAUACCCGGACAUGCCUGCCUACCAAAGUGCUGCUGUUGCUCUGGGCCAAGCUGGUCAUUUGAAGGAGCUGCUGAAAUUAAUUGAGUCCAUGAAGGAAAAACCUAAAAAGAUUAAAAAUUUGAGGCGCAAGGAUUGGAAUCCUGAACUUCAGCCUGAUGUUGUUAUAUUCAAUGCUGUUCUAAAUGCUUGUGUGGCAACCCGCCAGUGGAAAGGUGUAUCUUGGGUCUUUGAACAGUUGAGAAAGAACGGUCUUAGACCUAAUGGAGCAACCUAUGGCCUCUCAAUGGAGGUAAUGCUGGAGUGUGGGAAAUAUGAACACGUCCAUGAAUUAUUUGGGAAGAUGAAGAGAAGUGCUGAAGCUUUGACAGCCCUUACUUAUAAAGUUCUAGUGAAAGCCUUUUGGAAAGAAGGCAAAGUCAAUGAAGCCGUUCAGGCAGUCAGAGAUAUGGAGAAAAGGGGGAUUGUUGGAGUAGCCGGUGUUUAUUAUGAGCUAGCUCGGUGCCUUUGCUUCCAUGGGAGGUGCCAAGAAGCUAUAAUGGAGGUUGAAUUUCUGUAUAAAGUCUGUCAUACUUUAGUCUUGAUAUCUUGCGCAAAAUUUAAAUUUAAUCCUGUUUAA